ACAGAGAUGGUAUAAUCCCAAGCUCACGGACAACUAAUUUGAUACUGCUAGUGAAGCAAGUCAAUAUACUCCUGGGAACCCCUCAUAGAAAUUAAUAUAAGAUAUGAUUUUCAUAUGGCUGAUGGGGAAGGAGAAUGGAGCUACUCCAAGAAUUCUAGGCGUCCAGAAAUAUAUUUUCGUGAGACCAAGCCAGUGGUUGAGAAUGCCAUAAAAGAAGUGUACACAACUCUUCUCCCCAAAACUAUGAUCAUUGGCGACCUAGCAUGCGCUGCGGGGCCAAACACAUUGCUCUUCAUGUCCAGUGUUAUAAGCACCAUUGUUGAACACUGUAAAUCUAGUAGGGAUGAUUCCGUGGAACUUCAAUUCUUCUUGAAUGACCUUCCCGGCAACGACUUUAACGAACUAUUUCGGUUAAUUGAGAAGUUCAGAAGGCCAAAUAUAACGGGUGAAAGGGCACAUCUACCACCUUUUUAUUAUAUUCAAGGGUUACCAGAAUCCUAUUAUAACAGGCUUUUUCCCCGUGAAAGUGUCCACAUAUUCCACUCUUCAUACGGUCUUCAUUGGCGCUCCCAGGAACUUGAGGGACUAGAGUCGUGGAGAAAAACUUAUCUAAAUGAAGACAACAUUUACAUUACAAAGACCACAACACCUUUUGUGGUGAAACAAUUCCAGAAGCUGUUCUAUAAGGACUUCUCCCUCUUCCUAAAGUUGCGUCACGAAGAACUUGUGCAUGGAGGGCAAAUGGUUCUUAUAUUUAAUGGGAGAAAGGAUGAGGAUGUAUACAAUGGUGAUCUUAAUAAACUUUUUGCAUUGGUUGCAAUAGCAUUAAAGUCUCUUGUUUUGAAGGGCCUUGUGGACAAGGAAAAGCUACAAUCUUUCAAUCUACCAGUCUACGGGCCAUCAGUUGGAGAAGUGAAAGAACUAGUCAUGCAAAGCCAUUUAUUUAACAUGAAUCUAAUCAAACAAUUUGAGACGAACUGGGAUCCUUUUGAUGAUUCAGAAGGUGAUGAUGUUGAAGAUAAUGCCUGCAGUAGCAUGAACAUUGCUAAGUUUAUAAGACCUGCACUAAAGUCUUUAAUUGUUCGCCAUUUCGGAGAAACCAUAAUUGACGCAUGGUUUACCGAGUUCAAGAGCCUUGUUGCUGAGCACCUUGAAAAGGAGAAGACCAAGUUCACCAUCAUCGUCAUGUCCUUGAAGAAAGAAUAAUAUAGAUCGAUGUGGGUGUUGUUUCUCAAAUUUCUUUUACUCAAAUACCAAAGAAUUAUAUAAUAUAUAGACAUGUGUGUAGCUACUCCUAUAUGUGUAUCUCAAGAUUCAGGGUGUAUAUGAGCCAAUGAAGUGUAUGUACAUGCAAUAUAUACUAUAGACCAUUUGGGAUAGUAUGUAUGCCAUAUAUGAAAGUAUACACAGAGUAUAUUGUUAUAUUUA